AGAACGCGUCCGCCGCGCCAGCAGACAGGCAGUACCAGAGCCUGGGAAUAAAAAAAAGAGGAAAGAAACGCUUAAGAAAGGAAAAGAAAACGCGCAGCCCCGUCUGUCUGAAGAUUAUUUUAUUACAGCGAGGUAGGACAGUUCAGUGAAUUUCUCCAUGAAUGUACGUCACAAUGAUGAUGACAGACCAGAUUCCACUGGACUUGCCUCCCCCUCCCCUCCUGAACGGGGAGGUUCCUCUCAUGCCUCACAUGGUUAAUGGCGACGCCACGCAGCAGGUGAUUCUGGUGCAGGUGAAUCCUGGGGAGACGUUUACCAUUCGAGGGGAGGAUGGUUCACUGCAGUGCAUCCAGGGUCCUGCUGAGGUUCCCAUGAUGUCUCCAAAUGGGUCAAUCCCCCCCAUCCAUGUUCCCCCAGGGUACAUUUCACAGGUGCUGGAGGAUACCGCGGGGGUCCGUCGAGUGGUGGUGACCCCUCAGUCUCCAGAGUGCUACCCCCCUUCAUACUCCCCAGCUCUGUCCCCUACACACCAUUUGCCCCCUUAUUUGGCUCACCCCCACUUCAUCCCCAACUCUCAUUCCUUCUACCCUGUAAGCCCAGGGGAGCUGCCUCCCCACCAGUACUACCAGCACCACCUUCCCCCCAUGUAUGGCGACCCAGAAAUCAUCUCAGUUUAUGGGAUGUCGAGCUACAUAAGCACAGAAGAGACGUACAGUAAGCCGCAGCCUAAAAAGAUCAAGGAACCACGGCAGCUGGAGCCACAGAACCGGCUCAAUUCUCUGCCCUCCACUCUGUAUAAGGGCAGCAUGGGACCGGCGCACAAUGGAUACAGCAACAAAACGCACGCCUCGUCACUCGGGUCAGUGGGGUCAGGGAGUGGAGUCAGCAGUCCAGGGGGCAAGAAACCAGAGAGACGACUCCGCUGCAGCCCCAGAAACAAUGAGCCAGAGACACACACACAAGAUCAUGACUUGGAGGGGAAGCGCGUUCAAGAAAUGCUGUCUACAAUCGAGAAACCACAGGUGACCAAUAUUCAGGCGCGGGCUGCUCGGCUGUCGUGGGCCCCCCCAGCUGGGCUGGUGAACAGGCAUAGUAAUGGGAUGCCGGUGUCCUGGUCCUAUGAGGUCUCCCUGUCAGAUAAGGGAAAGGAUGGAAAGUAUCGGCUUAUUUACAGUGGUGAAGAGUUGGAAUAUCAUCUGAAAGAUCUAAGGCCAGCGACAGACUACCACGUACGGGUGUUGGCGAUGUACAAUUCUGUUCGGGGGUCGUGUUCUGAGCCCGUUUCAUUUACAACGCACUGCAGCGUCCCCGAUGUCCCGUUACCCCCAAAGCUGUCCCAACGCAGUAAGACUACGCUCAGCCUACAGUGGAAGCCGCCAGGCGACAACGGAUCCAAAAUUGUGAACUACCUGCUGGAGUGGGACGAGGGAAAGAAGAACAAUGUUUUCAGAGAAUGUUACUUUGGGAAUCAGAGACACUAUAGGGUGACACGGCUGUUCCCCGCCUGUUGCUACACGUUCAGAGUGGCGGCGCAUAACGACAUUGGCACGAGCGGCUUCAGCUCAGACGUGGCGUUCUACACCGUGGGCACGCUGCCCGCUCUGCCUCUGGCACCACGGCUGGUCAGGGCAGGGGUGUCCUGGGUGACCCUGGAGUGGGCUCGCCCCGAUGGCAGUUCCAAUGAAGAGCAGCUCAAGUAUACGCUUGAGAUGCAAGAGGACAACAGCGGAACAGACUUUUAUCCAAAGUACACUGGAGAAAACUUGACCUGUACUGUACAAGGCCUGAAGAGAAGUACACAGUACAAAUUCAGGCUCAUUGCGUCAAACAUGGAGGUAAAGAGCAGUCCAAGUGAAGUAUUGGUGUGCACCACCAACCCAGACAAGCCAGGGCCUCCAUCUACACCCUGUGUCACCGCGGCAACGCCUUACGGCUUCACCGUCACAUGGGACCCUCCCCGGGACAACGGCGGCGCAGAAGCUCUUACGUACCUGCUAGAAAUCUCAGAGGGAAGCUCUGAAGAAAACCAGUGGGAGGUUGCAUACAGUGGUCCGGCGACAGAAUGUGUGUGUGAGCGGCUGACACCUGGGACCUUUUAUCGCCUGCGUGUGUGCAGCAUCUCCACCGGAGGACACAGCCAGUGCACCGUUAGCGUUCCGGUCCGCACUUUAAGUGUCCCGCCGGGUCCCUGCAAGCCGCCAAGGAUUGUGGGUAAACCCAAACACAAGGAAGUGCAGCUAGAGUGGGACUCUCCUGUGUGUGAAGGGGUGUGUGAAGAGUGUGUGUACAGCCUGGAGAUGAGUGAGGGGGACACCACUCCAGCAGAGGUGUACCACGGCCUGGAGCUGCAGUGCACCGUGGCUAGCUUGCUUCCCGGAGCGACGUACAGCUUCAGACUGAGAGCGGCAAAUGAGGCAGGGUUUGGGCCAUACUCUGAGGUGACAGAAGUAACCACCGCAGCCGGACCUCCUGGACAGUGUGGGUCGCCACUUAUCGCUCUUACGAAUAACACCUGUGUAUCAAUCAACUGGGAGAGCCCCGAGGGUUCGGGUACAGACAUCUCUGAAUAUCGAUUGGAGUGGGCGAGGGAAGAUGAACCCAUGGAGCUCAUCUACUGUGGGCCAGCCACACAGUGUGAACUGUCAGACCUGACGCCUGCGACAGAUUACUGCUGCCGGCUACAGGCGGUGAAUCAUGCCGGUGCUGGUCCAUUCAGCGAGAAGGUGAGCUUCCGGACGCCAGCGACAAACCCUGACCAGGUGUCAUCUCUCAUGCUGCUGGACCCUCCAUCGUCCCCGGAGACGGGCCACUCCCCGUCUACCUGCCUCCUCCUGAAGUGGGACGAGCCCAGCAGCAAUGGGGCCGACAUCACAUCGUACCUGAUCACCCUGGGUAACCAGACCAUCACUGUGGAGUCGGGGACGAGUCACCUGGUCACGGACCUGCAGCCAGACACCGAAUACAGUGUGCAGAUCCAUGCAGUCAACGCCAUUGGCCCCGGUCCCUUAAGUGCACCUAUUUUGGCAAGAACGCGCCCCCUCCCUCCACCCCCGCCUCCCCUGGAGUGUUCGGCGGCCGGUCCUCAGAGCCUGAAGCUGAAGUGGAGCGAAAACGCAGGGCACGCACGUGCUCUGCUGGCAGACGAAAUCGUCUACACGCUACAGAUGGAGGACAAGAACCACAGGUUUGUGACGAUCUAUCGCGGACCGAGCCACACCUAUAAAGUCCAGCGGCUGAUAGAGUCCACCAGCUACAACUUCAGAAUACAGGCCAUUAGCGAAGCUGGGGAGGGACCCUUUUCUGGCACCUACACUUUCUGCACCACCAAAUCUGUCCCGCCUGCUCUAAAAGCCCCCAGGGUGCACCAGCUGGAGGGGAACACAUGUGAGAUCACAUGGGAGACUAUUCCACCAAUGAGAGGAGAUCCUAUAAGCUACGUGCUGCAGGUUCUGGUGGGACGGGAGUCUGAAUACCGACAGGUUUUUAAGGGAGAGAAGGCUGCAUUUCAGAUCUCCGGUCUCCAAGGAAACACAGACUAUCGUUUCCGAGUCGGUGCGUGCCGGCGUUGCCAGGAUACGUGCCAGGAGCUAAGCGGACCACUUAGCCCCUCGUCCUUGUUCACGUUGCGUCGCCAGGAGGCAAGCGUGGCGGGGGAACAGUGCACCGCGGAGAAUGGCAAUGGGGCGGGGCUUAUCUCCAGCGACGAGCGCUUCGCGGCGCUGAUCGUGUGCGUGUUUGCGGGCCUCUCCAUCCUCAUCGCCUGCUUGCUGCAGUACUUCUUCAUGAAGUGAGGGAAAUGAAACAAUAGGAUAGAAAGAGAAAAGCAAAAUCACAGAAAAAAAAAAAAACUUUUUAAAAUGUCUAUGAAAGAACCGAAUGAAAUCAAAAACACUUGAUGUAUUUUUAAGGCUAUGUAUGUCUUUUGGUUUUUUUUCUAGUCAAAGUAUCGAUUCAGGCUUUUAAAUGUCACUUUCUGGCUUCUGUCCGUUGCGUUUUUUUUCUCUCAACUCUUCUGUCGUCUUUGGAUCAUUUCCAGAGGGUUUCUUUCAAGGAAGCUCCACACUUCAUUCGGAAAACAAAGUUGAUCAAGCCUUAAAACCGCCGUGAGCAAAGCACACGCUCCUCACACUGCCUUGCAUGUUUUUAUUUUGUAUCCUAUUUUGUACUUAGUAGAUUUUUGGACGGUCACUGCCUUAAUUCCCCCGUUGGUUUGUUUUGUUUUUACGCUGUUGCCUACACUCUGCACAUUCAACCCUUUGCCUUUAAAGCUUUAGCUUUUCAUUCCGCCUGCUCUCAUACACAAAGAGGCCGAUGCAUUCUUGCAGCGACAAUGAGAAAGACGCAUUUUUUUCAAUCUGCUCAGCUUUUAUCAUUCAAUACUCACUCAGCUACCAAAGUGAUGCAAUCUAUCUACAGUGUAAAAUGCUGCUAUCCUGUGAUUUUAUAUGUUUAAGAAAGAAUGGAAAACCGGUAAACUAAUAUAUACAUAUAUACAAUAUAUGUAUUUUAUAGCAAAUAUCUAUAAUUGAUGUGUUUUAACUGAUGGUAAUGUAAGGUGUGAAGUACAUUAUUAAAGCGGAUGUGUGGUUCUCAUGAACAGGAGAUCUGAGGUCAGAAGCUUGCACACGUUUGAAGGAGCUCUCAAACUCUGCUCGAAGUCGCGCCAAAGUCAUGGACUGGCUUUAGAGAGCCAGGCUGGGGGGGGAAUAACUUUUCUGAACGCCUCCACCCUCCAUCUCUAUAUGAGUGGGAUGCCUGCAGCAUCACAGACCCAGAGGUACUAACACGGAGCUAUAGUCCCAUUCUUGCAGCUACGUUUUUUAACAGGGGAGACCAUAACAAGUCAGCUUAAACUCACAACAACCCCCCCUCAGAAAAAAAGAAAAUUUAGGCGUCUGCAAGUCAGACUAGACCAGAAGCUCCUCCCUCCUGCUCAUCUGUGAAUCAUUUGAAGAGUCUUCCUCUUGUUUUUCAUCUGCUCAUGUUCCUCUAUACUUUUUUUCUUCUUCUUUUUUUUUUAAUGGCGGCUGCUUUGCUGUUGUCUUAGGCCCCUCCCACUUGCUCUUCAUCCGUCUCAUCCUUCUAAUUAAGUCAGCAUUUCAAAAACAUGUUGCCCCUGAUUUUCCCCACAUCUUGCAAAGAAAACAAGCCAAGGUACAGCCCAUUUUAUAACAUGGUAAACCCUGGACGUCACCCCACCGACCUGCGUAUAAAAAAAAAAAAUCUUCCAUGGGGGGGUUUGGGCAUGCUUAACUGUGAUUGGCAGCCUGUAACGUUCCUCACAGUGGGGACAAGUUAUCCUUUCAUCACCUUAUUGACCUUGAUCUCUUCUCUCUUUAACAAAACUGUUAACACCCACCCACCCCCCCACCCCCAACCUUCUUCUUUGCUGUGCCUUGCUGUGUUCGCAAGCAAAGUGGUUUACUAGCUAAAAAAAAAAAAGGAAAGAAAAACUUUGCCAAAGUUGGUGGGAAAGAUAAGGUAGAGUUCUUUUCUAGUUUUUUAUUUAUACUAUGUAUUUGCAUACAGUACUUUACAUGCCAAUUACAGUGCAAUCUUCAUUUAUUUAUUGUUUAAAGGUUAAGAGACAAUUGUAGUUCUAUACUAAUUUUUCUUGUAGCAUGUUUUUUUUCUCUCUAAUGGAUCUAUGUUAGAUUUUAUGAUUAAAGCCAGCAUUCCUUUUCAUAGUAACCCUUUAAGUGUUUCUCUAGCAGCCUGUAGCUCAUCAGUUCUUGCAGCUGUCAUUCAAACAUGUAACCAAAUGUAUGUUGUUGAUUCAUCUCCUGUUUUUUUUUUGUUUUUUUUCCUGCAACGCUUAGAGAUAUGUAGCAAACCCGGCUUUUGGGUCAGUUCAAGUCCUCUGUUUUGGGAUAACCAGCCUUUUUUUUUUUUUUUUUAAUCUAAAUACUGUUAUAAUUAAGCUUCUGAUAUCUUUUUACAUUUUUAACACCAAAGCACAGGCUUUUUUUUAAUCCUCCAGUAGCUGUUGCUUUUGCAGUUAAUCUUAAGGGUUCUGUGAUGUUCUUCAGUAAUGACACAGCAUUAUGAUUAUUAUUAACAUUAUUAUUCUCAGAAAGAAAAAAAGCAUUAACUUGAUCUGUGAUUAUGCUUCUGUUCAUGUUAUCUCUUCUAAUUGUUUGUUUUGUUUUGUUUUUUAACAAAGAAAAAUGCGCCAUUUUUUUUAAAGAGGUGUAGCCCCUUUCUGAGGAGAGCCAACUGAGAGAUAAGGACAGAAAACAAAAAAAAAAUCACGGCCAGACUUCAGGCAGGCGAGAACUUGGAUGAUUCUUGUUUCGGGCUAGUGCUGGUGUAGCAGUAGUGAGCGUUUUGUAUCCAAUGUUUUUGUUAAAGAAAUGAUAUACAGAGAUAUCUAUAGAGCUAUAGAAGAGAUUCCUUAUUACUAACAAAGUUGAAGCACUUUUCUUGUGUCGAGCAUUAAGACGCGACGAGCAAGGACCCUCUUUGCUCCGUUUCGAACACUACUGCCAACGCUUACUGUUACGUUCAUUGGCAUUAUUCUGCCGUUGGCACCACUGUGACAUUGGCAUUACUGGAGCGUGGCCCCGUGCUCCACAGAAUGCAAACUACCGCACCAAGGAAGCGACUCUUCGGUGCCUUAUCCAGAUGUGCUCGUUGUGUCUACCCAGCCUUGAAUUGGAAUAGAUUCCUUAAAGGCAGUGAUGUUUUUGCUUCACUCGCAUUGGUCAGUAACAAAUGUGUGGAACAAUCAUCACAGUGUAAACUGAUAGGCUUUGUGGUACUCCCUUUUUAUGUUCGAUUUUCCAAAUGCUGGCAAUUUUUUUUUUUUUUUACCGAAGCCCACCCGUCUUACCUCCCACCUCGCAGGUUUUUCACAUUUGGUUAAUACUAGAAAAACCAGGUCAUUUUUUUUUUUCUUUUAUCCAGCAACCAACCCCCCCCCCCCCCCCCCCCCCCCAAGUCUGUGCCUUCUGAGCUAUUGUUUAUGAUUUUUCUGUAAUAUUCUUCUCCAGUAAAAAGAGAAUUUUCUUCUUUUUUUUUUUUGACUGAAAUAUUGGCGAUUAGACAAACGUACAGAGACUUGCUGGUAUUUAAGUAUUUUUUAAAGCAAAUUAAAGAGACGUAUUUUUUACCUCAUGAUCUACGAGCAAACAUUCCAAUGUUGUCACGGUCUGCCAUUUGACAAACGAUUUUUAAAAAGAGAAAACACAAAAAAAAAGGCAAACUCAUGCAUUUUUUUUUCUUCUUUUAUUGUAAAUGUUAGACAAUUUCAUAUGCAUUAUAUAAAAAGAAACUGCCAUAUCAAUUUUAAUGUAUAGUUUUUUUGCAAAUACUACCCUAUGUAUGUAAGACGUAACUGUAUCGGUAGCGUAUAUAUAAUAUAUUUAUGCCCAAUAAAUGUUUUAAUUUUUCUGAC